GAUUUUCAAACGAGUCUUUCGCUUGCAGUCUCAGUUACUCCAACCUUCCUAAUAAAUUAUUCGUCUGUGAAGUCGCCGCGUUUGGUUCUGUUGGAAGGCGACUACUUCAACCAUGUUUAAGUUUUUUUCGAGGACAAGGGAUAGGAGUUCCGGACAUUUGAAGGACAAACUUGGUCAGGAUCUGUUUUUGUUCAACAAGGCUGUGGAACAUGGCUUUCCACCAAAACCUUCGGCAAUCGCUCACGAUCCUGAACUGAACUUGUUGGCUAUUGGAACAAGCAAUGGGCUGCUAAAAAUCUAUGGCCGACCUGGCGUGGAACUUUCCGCUCGUCAUCAACUGGAAACGGUGAUUCAAGAGUUACAUUUUCUGCCAGAACAAGGACGUAUCAUAAGUGUUUGUGAUGAUGGAGAACAAAACACCAUCCAUCUUUGGGAGGUUAACAAAAAAGAGGGGAAGUCAGUUCUGGAGGAAGUCAAAACAUGCACACUGGAGGGAAGACUCAAAAAGAUCUCUGUGUGCUGUCUGUCCAUGAAAACCAACCGUCUUUACCUGGGAACAGAAGGUGGUAACAUCUAUCUGCUGGAUAUAAACUCAUUUGAACUUCAAGAAUACAUCAUUUACCAGGAUGUUGUCAUGCAAAGUGUCCAGGAAGAAAGCAAGACAAAUGCAGGAUCUGUUGAAGCUAUUCAGGAACAUCCAGAGGAUUCUAACAAGAUCCUGAUUGGCUAUAAGAAGGGUUUGGUUGUCUUGUGGAAUCACGAGCGAUGCAGUGUUCAAGCCACCUUCAGCAUUCAAUCCUCUGAUCAGCCACAGGAGGUCGAAAGUCUCAGUUGGCAUGCAGAUGGAACCAAGUUCAUUAGCGCUCAUGGUGAUGGCAGUCUGACGAGGUGGUCACUGGAGGGAAGCUUAGAGAUUCCCAAGGCUGUCACUCCCCUGGGACCAUUCCCUUGCAAAGCCAUCACAAAAGUGGAGUGGAGUGACUCUUCUGUGUUCUUCAGCGGUGGAAUGCCAAGGGCCAGCUAUGGAGAUCGACACUGUGUCUCUCUGAUUCAGGAUGCCAACUUGGUUGAAGGAGGUGACAACACUCCUCAAGUGGCUUUUGAUUUUACUUCACGUGUGAUGGACUUCUUUACUGUGAAAGCCAAUGGGGCAGAUCCAGCUUACUUGGUUGUGCUGUGCGAAGAAGAAUUAGUUGUCAUUGACUUGGUCACCAAGGAGGCAGGGUUCCCCACCUUCAUGAAACCCUACUUGGUGUGCCUGCAUUCUUCCCCCAUCACAUGCUCAUAUCAUUGCCACGACUGUCCUCAAAGUGUGUUUGAUCAGUUAUUGACUGCUGGGAAGAAACAACUUCAAGUGGACUUCUCAAAUGAGAGUUGGCCCAUAACAGGAGGCAAGACACUGAUAGAAGAUGAUGAAACCAAGGAUCUGCUGAUUACUGGGCAUGAAGAUGGUUCCAUCAAUUUCUGGGAUGUGUCACAGCUUGAAAUGCAGCUCAUCUACACUCUUCACACUGCCAAGUAUUUUGUUGGGGAACAUGAAGGUCAUGAUUCUGAGCCCAGGGAUGCGGAAGAAGAAGUUUGGCCACCAUUUAAGAAAGUUGGCAACUACUCUCCUUACUCAGAUGAUCCACGAUUUGCUGUGACCAAGAUCAUCAUGUCUCCAAAGUCAAAGACUCUUACCGCAGCUGGUAAUGGAGGGCAGGUCCUCAUUUUUGACCUGUGUGAAGAAGAGACUAGUGUGGAAGCACAGAUGGUCGAGAUCGACUUCACUGAAGACAAGGAAAAUUUCCAGUGGAAAGGACAUGGCCCUUUGCUUCCCAAGGAAGGUUCAAUCACUGUUCCUGCAGGAUUUAAACUGCAAACUGGUCUUCAGCUCAUUCCAGCAGCACCAGUCAGUGCACUUGUUGUGGAAGCACGCUGGGGACUCCUGGCAGCUGGAACUGUCCAUGGCUUUAUUGUGUAUGAUUAUCUUAGCAAGAAGACUGUUACAACAAAAUGGACUGUCAGCCAAGAAACUGAUAAUGGAGAGCAUCUUUCCAGACGUAAAUCCCUCAAAGAGAGCAUUCGAAGAUCCUUCCGGCGAUUACGUUCUCGCAGAGGAUCCCGAGGGGCUGCAGAUAGGACCCCCAAGAAAGAAGGAGAAGCUCCAGCCUCUCCUACACCAGAAGCUGUGGCUUCACCAGUGUCCCGUCUUGUUGAGGAAAACCGUGUUGAUGAGAGUGUCUUAAGUAUGGUGCGCUGUUUGUACUUUGUGGACACUUACAUCAGAGAUGGGGUGCACCACUGCCCUUCUCUCUGGGCAGGAACAAAUGCCGGUCACAUUUAUGUGUGUUAUUUGACCAUCCCUGAGGAAGAGAAGAGAUCUGAGGAGGAAGUACAGGUGGAGAUUGGAAAAGAGAUCAAACUGAAACACAAAGCACCGGUUGUGUCCAUGUUUGUGGUUGACAAAGAUGGAUUGCCACUUCAAGGAGAUAUUAUUGAGGAUAAUGAAAAAGAGCCCGACAUGAGCGGAUCACACUCCCUAGUAAUUUGCUCUGAGGAACAGUUUAAAGUGUUCAGUUUGCCACAUUUGAAGGCCCGUAAUAAAGAGAAGCUCACUGCAAUUGAUGGCUCUAGAGUGCGCAAGAUUGGUCUGAUCAAUGUUAGAAGCAAGAAUGACGAUUCUGGAAUGGUGUACCACUGCCUUGCAUGUGUUAGCAAUCAAGGGGAUUUGAUUGUUUAUUCUAUUCCAAACCUCAAAAUGCAAGUCAAGGCCUCAGCAAUGAGAAAGUCUGAUGUGGAUGCCAUUAAAUCCCUUGUGUUCUCCGUUAGUGGUCAAGGAUUCUAUCUCAGUUCACGAAGCGAAAUGCAACGCUUUACUCUUUCUGCCACUGACUUGUUGAAGCCAGACUGUGUGUUGGAACUUGCUGAAGGAAUGAGACCUGCUGAACCAGAACCUGCAGUCGUUGAGGAAGAGGCAGAAGAAAAGAAAUCCAGGAAGAGUUCAACUUCCAGUUCCUCGUCGUCUUCUUCAUCUUCCGACGAUGAAAAAGAUGAAGAGAAGAAGAAGGAGAAAAAAGAAAAGAAGAUGAAGAAGAAAGCAAAGGCUGCUAUAGAGGCUGUGGCCUCAGCGGAGGUUGCCACUGAAGUUGCUGCAGAAGUUGAAGAGAAGAAGGAGGAAGUAGAGGAGAAGAAAGAGGAAAUAGAGGAGAAAAAAGAAGAAGCAGAGGAGAAGAAGGAUGAGAUGGUAGUUAAAACCCAAGAGGUUAUUGCUGUUCUCCCAGGUGAAGAAGGAACAAGGAUAUCGGAGAAAGUGUUCGUUUCCGAGGAACGAUCGUACACCAAGCAGACAUCAUCAUCGGAGAAAGAAGGUUUCCCAGAACUGGUGUUGAGUGGAGAAGGAAGCACAUUUUCUUCAUCUACAGAAACGUCCUCUUCAUUUGUCACCACACGUGUUGUUAGCUCCAAGCAGGUCGUCACAUCAUCAUCCACUACUCAACGAAUUAUCUCAUCGGAAGGAUCUACAAUUCAAGCGAUUGAAAAUGGGGAAUCCGAAAAGCUUAUGUUGAAUGAAUCAGACUUGCAGAAAGCAGCUGAAGAUAUGAUGAAUGAUGCUCAUGACGAGAUGGGUUCUAUUGAUUCUUCUGAUAAUGAUAAAGAACUAACCUCAGCUAAAGGAAAAGGAUUCAAGAGCCCAGGGAAACUAUUUGUGAAGAGAAGCACUGGAGACGAUACUGUCGAGACUGCAGGCUCCUGAAUCUUGACUUUGGUGUUAGCCUUGUAUUCAGUACCUUUUAGGGACACGAAAUUUGGCCCAUUUUUUCUUUUUCUUUGUUUCUACUAGUGGAUGGAUAAUCACAGUAGGCUUUUGGACGUUUUGUAGCCAACUGAGUUAAAUAGCUUCACCAAGUAAUUAGUUAUCACAAAGAAUUGUUCCUUUAAUUGGUUAAUGUAGUUUAUUGUCAACGAGAAUCAGACAUAAUUGGUAGAUUAACGUGCAUCACUUGAAAAGCAAUGGUGACGAACUCCGAGUAUGCAAGAGAUUUAAAUACAAAACAAGAAUUAAUUUUGCAGAUAUGAAUUUCAAUCUCAGCUACGCCUCAACCAUCUUGGACAAGGCAUCUUUAUUUAAUUGAUCCUCAACUGUAGCAGUCUUUUUUUGUGCAAGAGGAGUCCCUUUUUUUUCCUUUUUUUUUUCAGGAUAUAUUCCGAAUGAUAUUUUCGCAAAGAAAUGGCAUGCCUUCCGUCUCCAUUCAUCUCAAAAAUUCGCUAUCGCUUUUCAUUUUUGUUUUCUUAAUUAGAGUGAACUUGUGGCUCGAUUGUUUGCCUGUUCAUGAGAAA